AGUGCACACGGAGCUGGUGACCGAGGACCAUGUUCUACAAGUUGAGCGGAAUCACUCAGCGGCUGAGCGGCGGCACCGCGGCUGUGUACAACCCGCAGGGCUUGAAACCUCUGGUUUUCUCUGAACCUCCAACUAUGAUAUUUGCAAGUCCAACUAACUUGGUAUCCGUGGGCAGACAAGGGCUGCAGUAUCUGCAACAGAACAAGGUGCCUGAUUUGCAAAGAAUGUUUCAGAAAUCUGAUGGUUUACCUGUGCAUCUCAAGCGUGGUGUCCCUGAUCGACUGCUCUACAGGACCACAAUGGCAUUGACUAUUGGAGGGACCAUCUAUUGCCUGGUGGCACUCUUCUUGGCAGCUCAGCCCAAAAACAAAUAAAGAUUCUGCUGUGACUGAUACUGAUACCUCUAAAAUCCUGAACACCAUGACCAAGUAACAGACGUUCACUGAUUUCUUCCUACUUUGGGUGCACUUUAAUGUCUGUUCAUAUAUGGGAUUGAUCUUGUAUUGGGGUAUUGUGAGCAUUUUAGAGCCCAGUAGCCUGACUCACAGCACUGAAACUUGGUUAAUGAUGCAUUAAUUGUUUAAUAAAUGUGUUGUGUUCUAGAAAAUGGAUUAAAAAAAACGAGCCUGUAAAGUAAUUGGAGCAUUGGUGGCGACCUAUUGGAUUUUCUUUAAUUUGCACAAAAGCUCAUUGGGAUCUUUCAUUUCUGCGACUGAACACCCAUUAAAUAUUGUUUUGAGAUUGUUGUAUAUACUUUUAACUUUAAUAGCAAUUGAAUGUGGAUGAAUUCAAAGAAAGGCUCCAUAAUAUUAGUCUAUUUCCAAGGAACUUACUGUACAGAUUAAUUUUACUUUGGGUGGAAACUGCAAAAAAUGUAUUUAAAUUAUCUUUCGGUAUGUAACUUACACCAUUAUGUUAAAUGUCAGUGUGGCAACAAAGCAACAAAGUUGCACUUUUAAGACCAUGUUAUAUCUAUAAAUGUUCUGACUCCCAUUGGUUAAACAGUACACAAGGAUCAAUGAAUGGCACAAUACUUUGGAUCAGUUUUGAAAAAUCAAUCCAUUAAUAAAACUCUUGACUGAAAAUUAUUAUUUUCAUC